AUGUAUGUUCGCAGAAUAUCCAUACAUUUCUCCUUAUCUGUUGGCGAAUUUCGCGUACCCUACGCCCUGUCCAAGCUUGAGAACGUGCAUACUUUGUCCCUGAUCGGCAUGCCGUUGUUCACUCCACCAGACACGCUGGAUGGAAGGGAUCCGUGUCUUCUACCCAAGGCGUUUCCGAAAGUGAAGGCCAUCAACUUCACGCUGCCGGUUACUUACAUCUGCGUCAACAACAUAGUGGAGCUCCUCCGUGCGUUUCCAGCGCUGUCAUCGGUGCGCAUGGGCAGUGGCGGACAUCUUGUGCGCAUGAACGGUUACGCUGAACAAUCGAAGCUCUCGCUGUCUGCCGGUAGAGGAAUGCCCACUAUCACCGUCAGGAGAUUGGUGUUGAAGCACCCAGAUUAUUCCGUCGGGAUUGCUGAGGCAAUGCUCAUGGAGCCUUUCGCACCGCAGAUUCAAAUGCUUCGCUUGGAAUCGAUCAGAAGGCAGGACCUUAAUGCAAUUGGGAGGCUGCUUCAUGCUGCUGGGACGUAUCUGGAGCACCUCGAGAUUUCUAUGCCAGCGGUGUAUCGACCACGGCCAGAUUUUAAACACACUGUCAGCCCGUUUUGUCCCACAUAUAACACUCACUUGUCCGUGCUCCGUCUUGAGGCGGACGCAAGACAGCUGACUACCAGAAGAGAAGAUUUUUUGUGGUUGAUUCCGGUCCUUACAGCCACCCGCUCCCCCCUUCUCUCCGUUCUCAGUAUCACCUGUACGAUGCACACAGAGACCGACGUCAGUCUCCUGGACUGGGACCGGCUAGACGCAGCGAUCGUGCGACGGGCUCUCGAAGCUCCCCAGCUGAGAGUGUCCAUCCUUUUCAUAGUGUACGUGAGACCGGAGAAUUGGUCCCCGCGUUUGGGAGAGGUGAUGAACGUCGAGCGGCUUGCCAGCCGUCUUCCGAUGUCUCGGAGAGCAUUGGGGACAGUUUUAAAUUUCAGCUAA